CUUUGACCAUCCCGUUCCUCCCAUCCACUUGAUCUGCAUGAAGACCUUUUGUUGAUACCCAAUUAAUCUUAUAUGACGACGAUCUAGAUUCUUCUUUUGAUAUCGGAGAAAGCCAUCUUAGCAGACCCUCUUCUGUAAACUUUAUUUUCUUCCCAUCCCUGAAUUUUAUGCAAACUCAACCCACGUCUCUUUUUGCACCUUCUCUCAUACGCCGUAUAAGUCGUUGCAUUACAACUUCUAGCCACAACUACCGGCGACUACUUUCAUCACAACACAACAACAAAGUCACAAUGGAGACCCGAGUAGUGAAGGUCGAGGCUCAAGAGCUGGGGAGUUUCAGAGAUGCAGAGGGACCUGAGAGAUUAAGCAACUGGGAAAUCGCCAACUCAGCCUCUGGCGCAUCAAUAGCCGCCCUACGAGAUGCCGCGGAAUACUUGCGCAGCAAGGACACGCCCGUGGCAUUUCCAACCGAAACCGUCUACGGCCUCGGGGCCGACGCCACGAGAAGCGGCGCCGUCAAGGGCAUCUACUCAGCCAAGGGCCGGCCAUCAGACAACCCUCUGAUAUCGCACGUCUGCGAUCUAGACAUGCUGCGGAGCCUGCUGCGGUCCGAGAGGCAGACAAACGGCGACGCAGCAGGAAAAGACCCGAUCCCGGAAAUCUACAAGCCGCUCAUUGAAAAGUUCUGGCCCGGACCCCUGACGAUCUUGCUGAGGAAUCCGGAGCCGAGCAAGCUCGCGCCCGAAGUCACGGCGGGGCUACCGAGCUUCGGCGUCCGAAUGCCGUCCUCGCCGCUGGCGCUGACGCUCAUCAAGCUCGCCGGCGUGCCCCUGGCCGCACCUUCAGCCAAUGCCUCCACGAAACCGUCACCCACGACGGCGCAGCACGUCUUGCACGACCUGGAAGGGCGCAUCGAGCUCAUCCUGGACGGCGGAGCGUGCCAGGUCGGCGUGGAGAGCACCGUCGUCGACGGCCUGUGCGACCCGCCCGUCGUGCUGAGGCCCGGCGGCGUGGGCAUGGAGGAGCUGCGGACUUGUCCCGGCUGGGAGGGCGUCGUCAAGGCGUAUAAAGACGAGAGCGAGAUGGGCAAGGCGACGCCGCGGGCGCCGGGGAUGAAGUAUAAGCAUUACAGCCCCAAGGCAAAGGUUGUGUUGUACGAGUGGGCUUGCGAGGCGGGUGCCGAGGGUAUCAUUGCCGAGGACCUGCAGAAGGCGCUGAUCCAGCAGAACGGCGACGUGACUGCGACGAAUGGCGCGGGGCCGAGUCCGCUCAAGAUUGGUAUCAUUCGCACGAGACGGUGGAAGAUUGCGGGUGGUCUGCACCAUGGCGCAUUGCAAGUCUCCAAGAUUCAUGUCGACGGGGCUACGGCGGCGAAUGCGAGGGACGAAGCGGCGUACGAGGUACAGGAGGGCGAGCUUCAGGACGCGGAGGAUAAGCCCAUGGCGACGAUCCUCGACAUAGAUCUGGGCGAUGACAUCAGGGGGAUCGCUCAGGGGCUUUUCUCGGCGCUAAGGGAUCUGGAUAGAAGAGGUGCCAGUGUCAUCUUCGUGGACGGUAUCGAUGACAGAAAUGACAUUGCAGAGGCGGUAAUGAACAGGCUCCGCAAGGCAGCCUCCGAGAUCCGAGCAUAG